CAGCCACUGCUCAGGAGCCGAGUCGGCCUGCAAACUCAGCCGCUAGGGUUUCUAGCUUUCACCUGAGGGUCGCGGCGCACGUGCGGCGGAUACUCCCACCCCCCGUGGGAGGCGGGGUCGUGCUCAGAGCCAAUGCGAGCUUGGGAGGUGGAGGGGUAGGGAAGCUUCCAGAGGCCGAUGGGGAGGAGGUUAUAAAAGGGACCAACGCCAGACCAGCGCCAGAGCCAUGCAGUCCAAGCGGGAGUACGAGCUGUGGUGUGAGAGGGUGAAUCCAGAGAACAAGGCGGCGCUGGAGGCGUGGGUCAGGGAGACGGGCAUCCGCCUGGUGCAAGUGAACGGGCAGAGGAAGUAUGGCGGGCCGCCCCCAGGCUGGGUGGGCAGCCCGCCGCCGCCCGGGUCCGAGGUGUUUAUCGGUAGGCUGCCCCAGGACGUGUACGAGCACCAGCUGAUCCCACUGUUCCAGCGCGCGGGCCGCCUCUACGAGUUCCGCCUGAUGAUGACUUUCAGCGGCCUGAACCGGGGCUUUGCCUACGCCCGCUACAGCUCGCGGCGCGGGGCCCAGGCCGCCAUCGCCACGCUGCACAACCACCCUCUGCGGCCCUCCUGCCCGCUGCUCGUGUGCCUCAGCACCGAGAAGUGCGAGCUGAGCGUGGACGGGCUGCCGCCGGCUCUGACCCGCCGCGCGCUGCUGCUCGCGCUGCAGCCGCUGGGGCCGGGCCUUCAGGAGGCGCUGCUGCUGCCCAGCCCCGGACUGGCGCUCACGCAGAUGGCACUGCUCAAGUUCAGCUCGCACCGUGCAGCGGCCAUGGCCAAAAAGGCCCUGAUGGAAGGGCAGUCACGCCUCUGUGGAGAGCAGGUGGCUGUGGAGUGGCUCAAGCCAGAUGUGAAGCACCGACUCCGCCAGCAGCUUGUGGGGCCCUCGCUGAGGUGCCUACAGCCAGAAGGCAGCGGCUUGGCCCUCACUAGGGACAGGCUAGCGUCCCAAGGGGCUCGAACUGCCUUGCAGCUGCUGUGCCAACGGAUGAAGCUGGGUAGCCCAGUGUUCCUCACCAAGUGCUUGGGCACAGGCCCUGCUGGCUGGCACCACUUCUGGUACCAGGUGGUGAUCCCUGGGCAUCCAGUGCCCUUCAGUGGCCUCAUCUGGGUUGUGCUAACCAUGGAAGGGCAGGAUGGGCAUGAGGUGGCCAAGGAUGCUGUGUCUGCACGGCUGCUGGAGGCACUGAGUGAGUCUGGGGCCAGCCUCCUUUCAUGUGCUGGGGCAGUGAGCAAGUCUGGGGCCAGCGUCCUGUCGUCUGCUGGAGCUGAGGCAGGUGCCAUGGUUAAGCAGUAACCCCAUCCUCUACAGGCAGCCUGAACAAGUCGGCAGAGCCUGUGUCAGUCCCCAACCCAGCAGGUCUGGGCAGCCAUCAUCUGAUCCCCAAAAAGGGAGGAGCAUGGGCCCUGCCCUAGGCCUGACACAGCCUCCCCGCUGGGGCACAGCCCCAGUGCACUUGGAGACAGCUCAGAUUUGGCUAAGUUGUGGUGAGGGACCUUGCCCUCUCUCUCCCAGCCCAGAGUAUCCCUUGGCCUUUCUCUGUGUGACAUACACACUCUGUCUCCUCCCACAGCUUAGCAUGAAUCUUCACUUAUUUUCUUGAUUUGUCUUUGUUUUUAUUUGGGGGAUGGCUUUUGUCCCCACCACUUGGUGGUGUGGUGUAUGUGUACUGUUGGUUUGUCUAUCUACGCUGGUUGUAUUUAUAUUAAACCCCUGGUUGGUGUACACCUGUGUCCGUGCCAUCUUGUCCCAGCUGUGGGCUUCUUACACUGGUGGAGUGAGCAGCUCUACUUCCCCUCAGUCCUGAGCCUCUGUUUGCCCAUCUCCUUAUGCUGUACAAGAGGGUAUGCUAAAUUCAUAGCC